UCAUUUAAUUUCCAACCCCACCAACCAAAAAAGUCCUCUAAAUUCCAUUAUUUCUUACCAUCAAUUUUCUUUUUCCAGAGCCAUAAUUUUCUCCUCUCUCUUUGCUUUGCUUACUCAUGUACACACAUUUUCAACUUUGACAUCUUUUAACGUUUGGUUCAUAUUUUUGAUUUGGUUUCUUGAUUUAUUUAUAAGCACUUUUUUGUUCAAUUAUAUUGUUGUUUACGGGUAUAAGGUACGUAGAGAAAUCUUGUUUUUGGAAAUUGAGCGAUUGAUUUGAAUAAAUUGAUCGCUCAUAUAUAUAUAUAUAUAUAAAUUUGUUGUGUUCUUUUGAAAAGUCGAAGUUUGUUUGAAAGAAAAAAAAAAUGGCGGAGGAACAAAGGAUGCAAGAAGCAGGAGGGCAUAGGUUAUGUGCUAAUAAUUGUGGGUUCUUUGGUAGCACCACAACUUUGAACCUUUGUUCCAAAUGCUAUAAGGAUCAUUGCAUGAAAGAACAACAAUCGCGAACCGCGCAACUAGCUAUGGAAAAGACUCGUCCCCAACAACAACAACAAUCAGAAUCAAUGUCUACGUACAUGCCAUGUACAAAAUCGUUGCCAAUUCUUGAAGUCUCACAAUCACGAGAGAUCAAGAUUGCAACUAGGGUUCCUCAGGUGCAGUCAGAUACUGUAGCUGAGGUUCCUUGGGCGCAAUUGAAUACUGUGGCCGAUCAAGCCCCUCAGGUGCAGUCGAAUCGUUGUACCACGUGUCGGAAACGGGUUGGUUUAACCGGUUUCAAAUGUAGGUGUGGGGUCACAUUUUGUGGUUCACAUAGGUACCCUGAGCAGCAUGGUUGUACCUUUGACUAUAAGUCAAUGGGAAGGGUGGCAAUUGCUAUGGCUAAUCCAUUGGUUAAGGCUGAAAAGCUUCACAAAAUUUGACUAAUUAAUUAAGGAGAAUUAAUUUGAACCAUUAAUUGGUUGAUCAAACGGCCAAGAUUGUUGCUAACCACUAGUUGGUGGAUGGACUUUGAUUAUAUAUUUUCCUAUUGCACAUUCUGUGAAAGUAGUUGUUUCAUUAAUUAAUAAUGUAAGUUAGGAUAUAUUUUAUUGUUUUCUUUUAA